UGUGUUCAAUCAAUUUUUUAUCCAACAUAGUCAUAUACUAUGAGUUUUUUGUUUAGUAAUUAAGUUAGCCGUUUGACUAAAGUCAAACUUAGAAAAAUAGUUAUAAAAUUUGUAAGCCACUGUCACUCUAUCACACAAAAACCAUUUGAACAAUUUCGACCAUAUCCUUCAAACAAAACACAGAGAAAAAACAGAGCAAAAAUCCAAACCCCAAAAUGCAGCAAAACAAAAACCCAUUCCCAAUCUCACUACACAACACACAUGUAAAGCUAUUAGCUUUCGAUCUUCUAACCCUAACCCCACCGAUCUCCCCAAACCACUCCUUCACCCGCAACUCUAUCUCCAUCACACGCGCCGAAACCGUAGGAACCAUAACCCUCCGCGACCACAAACCCUUCAAAUUCCUCCGUUUCGCUAUCGACGACGGAACGGGUUGCAUCCCUUGCAUUCUCUGGCUUAAUCAUAUGACUUCUCCUCAUUUAGCUCGCCGGCGUAGUCCUCAGGAUCUCUGUCUUCUUGCUGAUGCUGCUGCGAGAUCGGCGGAAGUGGUGAAGUUUGGGAAUGUUGCUAGGGUUAGAGGGAGGGUUACGGAGUAUAAAGGAGGGGUGCAGAUAACUGUUACGGAUGUUGUUAGUGAGAGGGAUCCGAAUGUUGAGGUUUUGCAUUGGGUUGAGUGUGUUAAUUUGGCUAGGAAUUGUUAUAAUCUUGUUAAUGUUUCUUCUUCUUCUGGUUCAGUAGUACCUAAAUUGAAUUAGAAUUAGAAGAGUUAUGUUAGCAAUGUUAUAGUUUUGGUAGUAAUUGUUUGUGUUUAGUGAUAGUAAUUAUAAGAAAUGUUGACUUCUUAUUGAGAUGAGGGAAAAUGUUUGCGAGCAUUAGUGAAGAUUUCUAAGAGGAAAGUGACGAUAUUUCAUUUUCCAUGUAAAAUUAUUUAUUAUUUUAUUUAAGGGGUAAAAAUGUCUUCAUUA